UCAUGACGAGCGCGGCCGCCUCCGCGCCACCGCCGACCAGCUUCCACUAGCAGCAGUGCGUCGCGACGCAAAUGUGUGUGCGGAUGCCUUGCAUCGCUCACCUGUUACACGUCACACACACCGCCCGCGAUACGUAAACCUGAGUGUUUCAUAUAUACAAAAACAAUGCAGACCAACGUGCACAUCGAUACCAAGAACUACAAAUCGUCACCGGAUCAUCGUCUUAAAGGAACAGCAGGAUUCACCCAGCGGCAAUUAGAGGAGUUGGCAGUGAGCUCGCCGAGCGAGCGCAAUUGGCGCGGCAUCUUCAUUGCGCUGCUGGUGAUCGUCGCCGUGCUGGGCCUGAUCGUGUUUAGCAUCGUGCUGGUGUCACCCCCGGAGGAGGGGCCGCGCGUUAAAGGUCGCAAGCCGAGUCUCGAAGAUAUAUUUCUCAAGCUGCCGCCGCCGGCGUGAUUCAACGGCACGUGGAUCUCAGACACAGAAUUUGUCUACCAGGAUCGUUACGGCGGCGUCACGCUCUACAACGCCGAGAACCUGACGACGGAAGUCCUCGUUACGAACGUAACAUUUAGACAAUACAACGCAGUCGAUUUCAAGAUAUCGAACGAUCUGAAGUACGUGCUUCUCAUAACCGACGUCAUCAAAAUCUACGAACACACCCGAUUGGCACGGUAUUACAUCUACGACCGCAAUACAAGUUUUCGUAAGCCGCUCUCACCGAACGAAACCGAUGAAAAUGCACCGCAUCUGCAGUACGCCACCUGGUCGCCGAACGGAUCGGCGAUUGCCUUCGUCUAUGAAAACGACGUCUAUUACAAACCUUUCAUGCAGAAGGAACUCGUGUGUCGUAUUACUAGCAAUGGUGCUGACGGGGUGUUCAGCGGCGUGCCCGACUGGCUCUACGAGAGUGAACUUUUGCACACCGAUCACGCGCUUUGGUUCUCGCCGGAUGGCAUGAAUCUCUUGUAUUUGAGCUUUAACGACACCUUGGUAGAGGAUUACAAGUACCCGUGGUAUGACAGCAAGAAUCCGCACGAGAAAUAUCCCAAGAUUAAAACGGUCAAGUAUCCGCAGGUGGAAACUAACAAUCCUGUGGCAUCUGUAUGGAUAGUAAACCUAAAAAAAUCCCUAAAAUACAUCACGGCAAUCGAAAUAAAACCAACAAAUAGCGUGGAACCCGACAGUUAUUUAACGAGCGCUCGGUUUUAUAACGAUAACGACGUUUCAGUCGUAUGGCUAAAUCGCCGUCAGAAUACGUCCGUCAUCCUUCAAUGCAAAGGCAGCAACAAUUACAACUGCACUAAUUUUCACAUCGAAAAAGCCAGCUGUGACUCCAGCAACAAAGAUAAUUGCGGCUGGACCGAGCCGAUUUUCCACCCGCUAUUCGCGCGUAAUGGCCAUCAGUCACUAAUACGCUGCCCGGUGAAGGACGGCAACAAUGGCGACUUCAUGCACGUCUGCCAAUUGUCCUCGAAGAACGUGAUCCCGCUCACCCACGGCGCGUUCGAGGUGACGCGGAUAAUCGGCUGGGAUGAAGAGAACCACUUGAUAUACGCCAUCGCGACGAAUGAAGAGAAUCCGGGUGUACGACACUUGUUCAAAAUCGGCGACACGAAUUCCACUCAGGCGUGGACAUGUAUGACCUGCCAGCCGAAAAUCGACUUCAACAUCACUUCAUUCGAUGGGGAUUUAAUGAACGACACGCUGCUCAACGACACGAUGCUGUUGUACUACAAGUGCGACUAUAACAACGUGUUUUUCAGCCGGAAUUUUCGAUAUUACGUGCAGGAAUGUCUCGGACCGGAUAUCCCGGUGUUGUUUUUAGUGGAAACGGCGACUAAUUACCGUAUGGUUAUUUUGGAUUCGUCGUCAUCGUUGAGGAAUAGAGUUAGGAAUUUGUCGAAACCACGGAUUAAAAAGUUUCAUGUGGAUAUUGAUGAUAGGGAUGAGACUUAUAAAGCACAGGUUAUGUUGCAUCUUCCUCCGGUUUUGAGAGAGUAUGAAGAUGUGGCUUUUCCUCUUAUCUUGAUAGUGGAUUCUAAACCAGGUUCUCAGUCUGUAUCAGAAAAAUGGGAACUCUCAUGGCCGUGGUUCCUAGCAAGUACAAGGAGUUAUGUUGUAGCUCAUAUUGACGUACGUGGGAGUGGUUUCCAGGGCGAAAAAAUGCGAAGAGAGAUAUUUAAAAAAGUUGGACAAGUUGAAGUACAAGAUCAACUUGCAGUUCUGACUUAUUUACGCGAUAAUUUUAAUAAGUUCAUCGACAGAGAUAAAAUCUGCGCGGUUGGGAGUGGGUAUGGAGGUUAUGUGGCAGCCAUGUUGUUAUUACAGGAUAUUCAGCAGGUGCUCAAUUGUUCAGUGAGCAUAUCACCUAUUACCAAUUGGUUAUAUUAUAAUUCAUAUUUCACUGAAAAAUACUUCGGUUUCCCUUCGGAGCAAACAAUCCAAUACCAAAAUUCGGACCUAACAAAACGAGCUGGAAAUUUAAACGAUCGCAACUACUUGUUAGUCCAUGGCACAGCUGACACCACCGUCAAUCCCCAGCAUUCGAUGAUGUUCGCCAAGUCGAUGAUCGAACAAGGCAUUCUCUUCCAACAAGUCGUGUAUCCGGACGAAAACCACGCGUUUGGCACUAAAGCACUGAUACACCUUUAUAAGGAGAUCGAUCAGUUCUUUAACGAAAGUUUCGGCCCGCCGAUGGAGGAGUGGCACGACGAGUCGAACGACUUUUUCCUCUCGGCGUCCUUGCGAUAAAACAGCGCCAAUCACAACGUUGCUAAUCCAUCCCCCGCAAGCACACCUAGACACAAAUUUAACAUGCGCUUCGUGUAGCCCGAUUUUCCUCCGCAUAUCAAUAUAAAAGAAAAACAAAAAAUUUAAGACACUUGCGCAUGCGCGGGACGUGAAUCGCUGAGAAUCUAUAAAUCUAUUUCUAUAGACCAAUUAAAUUUAAUAUUUCGUAUGGAAUAAGUAUGUGAUAGCAUCACGAGUUAGUGAAUUUAACGGGCAAAUUAUUACGUAUUAAUUAUGCGCAGGCGUGGCGGAGAUAAACACAUUCCAAUUAUAGAUAUUUUGUAACGAGAUAAACUAGUAGGCAAAUAUGAGAGUCGAUUUAAGUAUUCUAUUUAAAAUACAAAAUCAACUAUAACUUCCAGACAUAUUUUGCAAUCACUGUGAGGGAUGUCCAGGUUAUCGAAGGUGUUUGUUUCGGAAAGGACAAUAAGUAUACUGACACAGAGCCUAAACUCAAAGCUAUUUUUUCUUGCGCGUAAUAUUAUAGAAGGCCUGCAAUAGUUAAACUGGUUGCAUAUGAUAUAAAUUUAAAAUUAGUAUAAAAAUUACAGUGUUGUCAUUUUUUUAGGUUUUAAUUUAACAAGAAAAAAAAGUAUAUUUGUUUUAUUUUGUACUCUGGAGAGUAUAUAACCUCAAUUCAGUAUGUUUUCUUGAAAAAAAUCUUAUUUUUACGUUUUUUAAACUAAAAACUCACGAUAGACAACCAAUUAUACACGCUGAUGCUAAUAUUAUUGGUUAAGUAAGUUUAGUGGUUAUGUUUUUUAAAUUGUUAAGUGUAAUAUACUUUUUUACUCUCAGGA